AUUCACCCAAGAACGCAGGCAAAUUGGAAACUUUACAUCAGAGAGAGAAUGGGUGACGAUAAGGUGAAGGCAGAUGCUUUAGAGAUAUUGGGAAUGUUCCAAGUGCUUCCGCGAUUGGUUGUCUUUGAUCUUGAUUACACUCUCUGGCCUUUCUAUUGUGAAUGUCGCUCCAAACGUGAAAUGCCAUCGAUGUAUCCCCAUGCCAGAGGAGUAUUGUAUGCACUGAAAGAAAAAGGAAUUGGCCUUGCCAUUGCUUCUAGGUCACCAACUGCGGAUAUAGCAAAGACUUUUAUUGAAAAAUUGAGUAUCAAGUCGAUGUUCGCAGCCCAGGAGAUUUUUUCGAGUUGGACACACAAGACGGACCAUUUUCAGCGAAUUCAUACAAGGACCGGGGUCCCCUUCAACUCAAUGCUUUUCUUUGAUGACGAAAAUAGGAACAUCCAAGCGGUUUCAAAGAUGGGCGUAACAAGCAUUUUGGUGGAUAAUGGGGUAAACAUUGGAGCGUUGAGGCAGGGUCUUACUAAAUACACCGAAAAUGUGAAUACAUCUGAGAAGAACAAGCAGAAAUGGCGCACGAAAUUCUCCAAAGGUUCAAGUUCAUCUGAAAAGAACGAGGAGAAUUCAUAGAUGUUGAAUUAUGUACGACUUGAAACUCAGUGAUGUGGUUCCCUGCGUUAUCAGGGAUUAUUGUGUGACAACCUCAUGCCGGUUACGGUGAUAAUUUGUUGUAUCAAUUACCAAGAAACGCCAUAGACGGCUACAUUCCUCCCAUCUAUUGCAAGAUAAAUGUUCAGGAAGCAGUAUCAGUCAACCAAAUAGUAAUUUUCUUUCCCAAAUAUGA